CAGCACAAAACCUGUACAGAUCUACCAUUUUACUUACUGUUUUUUUUUUGUCUUUUUCUUUUUAUGUCCUCCUGCAGGACCCAACCAAUUUGGAUAAAUUCAACGUCUCAAAUUUCUUCCAUGUGAAAAACAACAUGAAAGUUUUGGAUCCAGACGAGGAGAAAGCCAAGCAGGACCCGGCGUAUCACCUGAAGAGCACAAACCUGGAGACACGUGAGACUCUGGCCGAGCUCUAUAAGGAGUAUAAGGGCGAUGAGCUGCUGGCUUCUACCAUGAAGGAGCCCGAGGCCAAGAAGACCGACAAAUUCAAUGCAAGAGAGAGAGAGAGCUCAGGGUCUAAUGCUGACUGGCAGGCUCGAGUUUGUUUCCACCUCCAUCCGCAGUGGACAAGCAAAUCCUCGAGCGAAGCAGGUUUCCGUGGCACGGCAUUUUUCCACGGAACCGGGAUGUAAAGAACACACAGUUCUGCUGUUCAGACCCAAGAAACACGGAUGCGUUAUUAACAGGGAAGGAAUUAAAGUUAAAUGAAGACAUCUCACACUCACACAGGCGUAUUAUCACCACUAACACACACACACACACACACCCCACCCCCGUUUUUAUUUUCAUGGUUAUUGCAGUAUAAAAUAUAUGGCUUGAAAGGCGACAAUUUGAAAGCAGUAAAGAAAUCAAG